CCUUCAUGAACGAUGGAAAUUCCACGAAAAUGCCCCAAAUGAACCCCUGUUUUCGAAUAAUCUAGGGAUUUUCAUCAGAUGAAAAUCAAAUCGAUCGAUAACCAUGGGUAACGGGGCCAGUUCUAAUAAUAAUGUCAAGCCGAUUACGUCCACUCGUGAAGAUAAACGCCCCGAGAAUAAUAACGUGGAACGCCCGUCGAGCACAUCCAGCGGUAUUCAAAAUGCGAGACUCCGGGACACUGAGGUGAAAGAGCUUACAAGAAAGUUGGCAAAAAGUGAAGAACUUCGAACAAAGGCUGAAGAAGAAGCAGAAAAAGCCAAAGAGGAUGUAGCUCAACUUGAAAUGCAGGUGUCCGACUUGGAGAGUACCAUACUUGACCUGAAAGACCAGAUCCAGCUACUUGAAGAGCGACUUGAUCAGGCUUAUAGAAAGAAUGUCAUCACGGAAGAGAAGGGCUGCGAGGAGACCUUACAAAUCAAGGACCAAUACAUCAAAAAGCUGGAAGAUGAAACCAAGAAAGUUCAGAAUGAAAUAGCUAAACUAAAAAUGAGAAGCAAGAAAAAGCUCCACGCAGCUAAUACUCAGCUGGCUGAGGCAAAGCAGCAUUCUUCUCUUAAGAUGUUUGAAAUGAAGGAUGAAAUAGCAAGAUUGGCCGAAGAGAACAAAAAACUGAGUGAACAAACAAGUGGACCAUCCCAAAUAAGAACUUCAGAUUGUGGUUUAUCAAACAGUGGGUCUGACGACGGGCGAACUCGAAUCAUUCUUCAACUGUCACAGCAGAUCUCAGAACAAAAUACUAAAAUCACUGCCUUGGAGAGGAGUAUGGGAGAAAAGGAUAGCACAAUCAAAGGAUUGACAAUCGAGCGUGGGAAUACAAGUCUAAGUCAUGGGGAACAAGAAACUAUUAACGGAUCUCGAAAAGUGUCGCCAAGGAGUCCUAGAAGUCCCAGGGACCUACACAAGAUGGGGACAUUUCUAACUGAAGAAUCUCAAAGUGAUUCUGGUAGCCUUGGAGGAUCACCUUCAGAACUUUUAUUAGGGACAGCUGAUUCUCAAACACUGUUUCAUCGGGUUAGCGGUGAGAUGGAUGAACUGCAGGCAAUCGCUAGGGAAAUGAGUGACCUGCAGAAAAAGAAGAAAAAACAAAAACGAGCUAAGAAGCCUGCUGAUUUGAAAGGGGUUGAAACUGUAGUGUCCAAUGGGCUUCCUCCUAUAGAAAAAGGAAGUAGUGCCAGUGAGGCUGAAAGACGCCAGUGGUCCAGUACAAGUCGGGAUUCCGGCUAUGGGCGGGAUACUAAAAAUUCCGCUGGUGGAAGUGCUCGUAGGAGACGAAGGGAGAGAUUUACAGAAAGGCUCAAUUCUGCUGGUCGCCAGAUUUCUGCUACCAGUCAGAUUUCUAGUGUGACUGAUUCUGAUAUUUUACUAGAUUCAAAAACUGGCCGGGUGGGAUCUGCUAAGAGUUACUUAUCAGAUCUAUCAGAGUACAAUGCCGAUAACUCAGAAUUUGUGGACUAUAUGGAGUUCACUGAUCCACUAGCUCCUAUGAAGACAUGAGGAAUUACUUCUGUUAAAGGUAUUCUCCAAUUGUGGACUCAAAAUUAAUGCAGUCAUGUGUAAUUACUGGGUAGUAAAGUUCACAUGGAAAAAGUUGUUUCUAUGCAAUGUACAUUACCUGUACCAUUGAAUAUUCUGCCUUAUGUAUGAGAUUAGUUUUUACCCAACCGUUCGAUAUCAACCUGUAUAUGCUUUGAGUAUUGAAUCAAUCUGACAACUGUGAUAUAUUGUACACUGUAUUUGAUCUCUCAAAGAAUGAAACAAAUUAAGAAUUCUGUAAACCCCUUUAUUAUCGCUGCCCUAUAUGUUUGCAAAACCAUCAGUUUCUGCAUCCAUUUUUGCGACUUGGUAUUUUUUUCAGUGAUAAAACCAAUAAAGUUAAACAAUUUGCACUCCUAAAGUACGUGAUUGUACCACCUUUCACAGAAAUAUAAGGUACGCAAUAAUAAAGGAGUUUACAGAAGCUGUGUGAAUCAUCAUGUGUGGAACUGUUUUCGUUCUGAAACUCCGUCCAUUUUUGCAAAUGUGUGUACCAUCUGCCUUAGUGACAAUGACUAAAGCCUGAUUGUCAUGACUUGGACUGAGCCAGUCUUCUUGUAGAUCGUCCUCUCACCAGCAGUCAAUGUUCAAGUGGCACUAACGGGCCAGCGUUUCAACCAAUACCAGUCUCUAUUUGCCCUUGGGAUCACCUGAUUUUGACUUCUUGUGAUAUGACCAUUUUCAUUACACACUACUGUGAAGCUGCUGCAGUUCUCAACUUUGACAAUAUCAUUAUGGCUUUGUGCUGAUUAUUGAAGUACAUGUAUUGUUUUUGUCACUGAUUUAUGAAGAUCUAUGAAUAAAGUGUUUUGCUGAAAAUCAA